AGGGCUUAUGUGACAACCUAUUGACUUGCGUUGUUCGUGCCUGGGAUGUCAAGAAGCCCUUGUUAUUUUGCCCAGCAAUGAAUACUCGUAUGUGGGAACAUCCUGUUACUGCCAUUCAAAUAUCAUCUUUAAGAAGCUGGGGAUAUGUGGAAGUUCCAUGCAUUUCUAAAACUUUAAUAUGUGGUGAUACUGGCCUUGGUGCUAUGGCGGAAAUAGAUACCAUUGUGAAUACUUUGAUAGGGACCAUUGAGGACACUGGUACGUAGGUAAGGUCCUUAACAAUUGUGCUGUAUUUGGGUGUAUAGUGGUCAAACUUUUUGAGGAAAUAUAAUAAUUUUGUUUUUUAAAAAAUGUGUAUUUUUAACAUCUUUAAAAAUAUAAAAUCUCUUAAUAAAUGCACUAACAUUUGGCCUUAA